GUGACUGGUGGCGGAGCGCGGUUCAGUCAGACUAAGGGAAGAGACCGAGACCGGAACCGGAAACCGAAAGAGUAACUGUGAGGACGGAGCAGUUCGGUGGGCUCGGUGACAGUGUACUUGUCAUCUGUUGUGUAGCGGCGCAGGGAGCACUGAGGUUCCGCGGGCUGUGUCCAUCACCUCGAGGACAUGAGUUCGCAACAGUUUCCUCGACAAGGAGCUCCCAUUCCUUCACCACAGAUUGUAAGUGGCGGAACAGCUGUGGGUCAGAAUAUACAAGGUGUUGAUGAACUUUCACGGGAACUGGAGGGUCAGUCACGUGAGACACUUACUGCGAAUACGCUUCUUCCUCCAAGAGAUGACAAACAAGAAGCUGUAGUGGUCAGACCAUACCCCCAGUUACAGAUGGUUCCUAACCAUUCAGCAAGUCCCUUGACUAUGACAGCUCAGUCUGCUCAUCUCCCAAACGUUCCUUUGGCUUUCUCUGAGAAUAUUCUAAAGCAGCCUUUGAAGCCGACAAUUCCAAGCAGACCCAUCGCUCCAGCACCUCCCUCUGCCCUGUCUGCUGUUCCUAAGGUAUCUGGGCCAGUGACAGUCACAAUGGAGAGUGGCCUUCCUCAGGCUUCAGCUAUUCCUGUGGCCACUAUUAGUGGGCAGCAGGGACAUCCCAAUAACCUGCAUCACAUAAUGACUGCAACCAAUGUUCAGAUGUCUAUAAUCCGCAGCAAUGCCCCAGGACCGCCUUUGCAUAUUGGAGCCUCCCAUCUCCCAAGAGGAGCCGCAGCAGCUGCUGUGAUGUCCAGCUCCAAAGUGACCACUGUCUUAAGACCAGCCUCUAGCCAGAUGCCCUCUGCUGCAGCUGCCCAGUCGGUAGCUCAACACAUCAUCCACCCCCCUAUUCAGUCCCGUCCUACAGUUACUACAGCAACUUCAGUCACACCUGCUGUAGUAGCCACUGUGUCCGCUACUCGAGCGCAGUCCCCAGUCAUCACCACCACUCCAGCACAUGCUGCUGAACCAGUACUAAGGCCAACUUUGUCAAUUCAGCAGCACCCACCUCCUGCAACAAUCAGCAUUCAGAGGCCUGCCCAGGUGCGCGAUACUGGAACCCGCAUUACGCUGCCCACACAUCCGGCUUUGGGAGCACAGAAACAACAGUUGCAUGCAAUGGCACAGACUCUCUUUGGCACAGGAAACCCAGUAGCUGCAGCAACCGUGGCUCCUAUUUUGGCAACAAACACUCUGCCAUCUGUAACAACAUCAGGUUCUAAUGCCCACACGCAGGUAUCUACAAGCACCAUUGUUACCAUGACAAUGCCAACCCAUUCUUCUCAUGCUACAGCAGUGACCACUUCCAACAUUCCAGUGGCUAAAGUUGUCCCACAGCAAAUUACUCACACUUCACCUCGGAUCCAAUCCGAUUAUGGACCUGAGAGAAGCAAUCUGAUACCUAUUCCUGGUCACAGAGCCUCACCCAAUCCCAUGACAAUGGAGGCUAGGAGUGAAAAUAGACCACCUGUACCAGUGCAGUUACAAUAUUUCCUACCUACAUAUUCCCAGUCUGCCUAUCCAUUGGCUGCUCACACCUACACACCCAUAACCAGUUCUGUAUCGACUAUUCGUCAGUACCCAGUUUCAGCUCAAGCUCCAAAUUCUGCUAUCACAGCCCAGUCAGUGGCUUCUACAGUCCAUCUGAACCCUAUGCAGCUGAUAAAUGUUGAUACAUCCCACACGCGUCACAUACAAGGAAUCCAGCCUGCACAAGUCAGUGCACAAGGGAUGCAGCCUGCACCUUUCAGUACUCAAAGCAUUCAAGCUACUCAGAUUGGCACCCAGGGUAUCCAGCCACCUCCAAUCAGCAGCCAAGGAAUCCAUCCUGCAGGGUCAAUCGCCACUCAGGGUGUCCAAACCUCUUCAGUUAACUCCCAGCAAGCUCCAAGUGAUGCAAAACCUUCUGUCGUACUUGCAGAAGGGGCUACAAUAGUUGCCAAUCCGCUAAAUAGUGCUUUCACUACAGCACCAGCAAGUGCAACAGUCAUGCAGGGUCACAAUCAAAGUCCAGGUAUUGGUAGUGCCCCAGCACAGGGCUCCUCUCCACGGCCUAGCAUCUUGCGGAAGAAGCCUGCCACAGAUGGGAUGUCUGUUCGAAAAAGCCUUAUUCCUCCUCAUCCCGGAGAUGCAGUAAGCCCUCGCCAUGACAGCGCUCUGAGAAGUACCUCCGCUUCCCCUCGUCCUGCUGGUGCUAAACCUAAAGCUGAACUUCAUAUCUCGGUGGCACCAGGAGUGACUGGGGAUCCAGGCACAGGGGGUGAGCAGCCAAGUGCAGCUGCAUCCCUCCCUUCUUCUCAUCAUCCUGCAGCUGCUGUACCUAGCCCCCCAUCUCAGCCUGUGCCUGGACCUCUCCCCAGCAGCAUCCAUGUCCCUCCAGCUGCAGUUCCUACCUUAUCAGCACCUCCACCUCUUUUAAGCAGUGCACCUUCUGGAACAACUGUCCCUGAAGCCAAAGUAAAGGAAGAAGCAGAACCAAUGGACAUAGCACGGCCUGUUUCAUCUAUGCCUCCACUGACUUCAGGAUCUAUCUCUUCCCCGCUAGCUUUGUUAGCCAAUAACAUCUCUGUUUGUGCUGGUGAAUUGCCACCGGGAGCUUCACCCCGUAAAAAGCCUCGCAAACAACAGCAUGUUAUAUCUACAGAAGAAGGUGAUAUGAUGGAGACAAAUAGUACAGAUGAGGAGAAAUGUCACUCUGUAAAACCUCUAACAUCUCGCCCAGAGAAACGAAAGUCCCCACCUAAGGAGUACAUAGAUGAAGAAGGUGUACGUUAUGUUCCAGUAAAACCUCGACCCCCCAUUACUCUGCUUCGCCAAUACCGAAAUCCUUGGAAAGCUGCAUAUCAUCAUUUCCAGCGUUACAGUGAUGUACGCGUAAAAGAAGAGAAGAAGUUGACGUUACAGGAUCUUGCCAACCAGAAGGGGAUUGCUUGUCGUGUGCAAGGCUGGAAGACUCAUCUCUGUGCUGCUCAACUUCUCCAAUUAACUAAACUAGAGCAAGAUGUAUUUGAUCGCUUAACUGUGCUACAAGAAGGUCUUAUUCCUAAAAAGAAAACUGCCACAGAUGAUGAUUUGCACAGGAUCAAUGAACUUAUACAGGGUAACAUGCAGCGCUGUAAACUAGUGAUGGAUCAGAUUACAGAAUCCCGGGACUGCAUGCUUAAAGUACUUGAUCACAAGGACCGUGUCCUAAAAUUGCUGAACAAGAGCGGGACAUCACGUAGGCUUUCAAAAGUGAAACAUAAAGACAAAGUGUGAUCGGAGGAAGGAUCACUUCCACUAUACCCAAGACCAUUGCGUACUUGCAGCUGUUCACGUAUGGUUGCUCUAGUGACGGCAGUCCAUUCACCUAAAAUGUAUAUAUCCUUAUAUUUUUUUUUUUAUUAUAAUUUUUUUAUUUUAAAGAUUGACUCAAAUGAACCUAGUUAAACUUUGUUCCUGUAUCCUUGGCCUGCUUCAGGACUGGCUCAGUGUUUUUUUUUGUUUUUUUUUUAUAUUUUGUUUUCUUUGCUUUUGGAACCUAAAAUAUUUUCUCUGCCAUGAGGAACUCUCAUUUAUUACCUGGUGCUGUGUAUGAGAACUGAUUUUUAGUGUGUGUGACACAUGCUUGUGUAUAGUGCUGUUUUUCCCUAAUGUGCCCACACUUUAAAAGUAAUUCUUAUUUGUGCACUAUGUUUUGAAGAUAUUCCUUUUUAAGGCACCAUACAUUCAAUUGCAGUAUCUGUUAUUGUAUUGUUGUUCAUGUAGUGCCCUAAUUAUUUGUGUCUGUGUUUAAAAAAAAAAAUGGAAAAAAAUGUAUGUACAUACCCUCUACAUUUCAUUUUUUUUAAUGUAAUGGCUUAUGCUUUCUUUAGUAUUUCUAUAAAUCUGUGCUGGACAAAAUUAUGUAUUAAUUUUUAAUACCAUUUAACAUGUGUCUCUUAUUAGGACUAUAAAGCCCAUUUCACAGUCUCUAUGUGCCAACAGCAAGUAAGCAGACCUUGGCUGUUAGUGUUUGCUGUUCUUGAGUUUCU